AUGCCUGAUGCCAAAGUCGCAUGUCGUCAACUUGGUUUUGCCAAAGCUGUAGGGACUUGGUACUAUGGACAAGGGACGGGUAAAGUAUGGUUAAACAACAUGCAAUGCACAGGAUCAGAGGCCUCGCUUGGAAGCUGUAAUCACGAUCGAUGGGGAAAUGUUCACUCUAGCUGCAACGGUCACGCAUAUGAUGUCAAACUACUUUUUGUUGUACGUUUGUCUACAUGGGGAUUAGAGGAAAGUUCAGAGCCAAUUUCAAGUCCCAAAAGCUUAACACUAGGAGCAAGUUCAAGUUCAGUUACUUUAACGAAUAAAUUCAUCUCACCAUCAAUCUUUGAGGGGAGACGCUUGCCAGUGAUAAGCAUAGACUUGGUUUUGCUCUCAUUGAUUGAAGCAAUUGAAAAGUUAAGAAGUCCUCACUUAGAAGCUGUUCUAACAGUGGAUGUGGGAAACGUUCACUCUAGUUACAACAGUCACACGUGGGAUGUUGGUGUUAUACAAGUUUACCACAGUGCUCAAUGGGGAACAGUGUGUGCAUAUAAUUAUGGUGACUUCGAUAUGAAUGAUGCAAAAGUUGCAUGUCGACAACUUGGCUUUACGAAAACUGUAGGUUAUUUGUACUUUGGACGAGGGUCGGGUAAAAUAUGGCUGUGGUACAUGCAGUGUUCAGGCUCCGAGUCCGUGCUUGGAAGUUGUACUCACAAUGGAUGGGGAAACGUUGGCUCUGAAUGCAACCGUCACAAGUAUGAUGUUGGUGACAUCCCAAUKUUCAAAAAGCUGUGGGAUAUUGGAAACAUGGUGAAUUAUAGCAUUAUGGCAUUCGGAGGCACUAUGCUGUAUCGGCACAACAGCGGCAUCUACAACACUUGGGAUGAUAUGAAUGAUGCCAAGGUUGCUUGUCGUCAGCUUGGUUUUACCAAAACUGUAGGAUAUUGGUUGUGGGGACGAGGAACGGGUACGAGGAAUCGCAGAGUAAAAUGGGGCCAACUUGGAUCUAUUCGGGACUUUGGACUAGGGAUGGGCUUACUACCAAAGUUUAUACGCAAUAGUGGACGGUGGGGAACAGUGUGUGAUGGACCUGGUGGUUGGUACUGGGAUAUGAAUGAUGCAAAGGUUACAUGUCGACAACUUGGCUUUACCAAAACUGUAGGAUAUUGGGUCUAUGGACGAGGAACGGAAAAUAUGCUACUAGUAGGAUGUCACUGGGAUGAAGCAACGCAAAACCAAUCCGGUACAAUGCUGAACAGGAAACUUGAUGCUUACAUCUUCACAAUUGUGAAGAAAGUUAAGUCUGACGAUGGGAACUUUUGCCCAUCUACAUCCUUAAGACCUAUUAACUUUGCAUCUAUAAUAUUUAUUUUUAAAAAAACAUAA